AUUUUUCUAGUACUUGUCAAAUCAGAAAAGAUAUCGAAGUCAACGAUCCAAGGCUUUUGAUUCAGUUUGCUACUUACAGUACUCAAUAUUAUGAUAAUAUGUAGUGUUUUCCUGUGUUCCCCUUUACAUCAUUAAAGAGACGUUUUUCAAUUCAUAGUAGAACUUUGUGGAACAAUGGUGGGUAGGCUGAUCAGUGUGGAAUCUGUUUCGAAAAAAUUGAUUCUAGAGUGAAAUUGGAUACUUGAAUAUUAGGUGAAAAUGAAGAUUGAGUGGUUGGAUAAUUUCUGUGGUUCAGCGUUCUGGAAUGAUUCUAUAUCUUGGAAUACACAGCAACCUGACUUCACAGAAUGCUUUGGACAAACAGUAGCUGUAUGGAUACCAUCGGCAUUCUUGUGGUUAUUUUCUGGAUUAGAAAUUUACUAUUGCAUCAAUAGUAAAAACAAGAAAAUUACAUGGAAUUGGUUGAAUCUAAUGAAGAUAAGUUUCACUGUGGUUCUUUGUUUAUUAGUAGUUAUAAAGGCUUCGUAUUCUGUAAUAAAUGACGAAGAACUCAAUUUGAAAGAUAUCAUCACACCAGUUAUAGCAUUCUCAACAUUGAUAUUAGCUAUAUUCCAUAUUGAACUGAAUCGACGAAGAGGGUUGAGGACAUCAGGCAUUUUAUUCAUCUAUUGGUUUUUAUCAGUUCUUUGUGGUGCCAUCAGAAUAUACACUCUAAUUCAUCGAUGGAAUGAAGUUUCAGAUAAUAGAUGGAUUGAUAUUACUUAUUUCAUUAUUUUAAUUGGUGAAUUCUUAUUGAGCUGCUUCGCUGAUCGAACAUAUUUAUACCUGAGUGGAAAAAAAUCUCUGAACGUAUGCCCAGAGGAAGACAGUAGUUUUUUAUCUCGUAUUUUAUUCUCGUGGAUGACACCAUUGGCCUGGAAAGGUUACAAAAGAACUCUACAUAAUUCUGAUAUAUGGCAUCUCAGAGACCUAUAUAAGUGCACAAAUGUUCAUGAUAUUUUCAUUCAACAUUGGAGAACUUCUCAAAUCAAGAACAAAAAUAAACAAGCAUCGAUACUGCCUGCUCUAAUAAGAUGUUUUGGUACCAAGAAUCUUAUGGCUGCUUUCCUGAAAUUUAUACAAGAUUCACUUAUGUUUGUGAGUCCAAUUGUUUUAAGACGGAUUAUCGAUUUCGUAGGAAACGACGAAGAACUAUGGAAGGGCUUCUUUUAUGCUUUCAUAUUAUACGGUGCAUGCAGUCUACAAACCAUUGUUCUAUCACAAUAUUUCUACAAAAUGUUCACUAUUGGUAUUCAAGUUAGAGCAGCUUUGAUAUCUGCUAUCUACAGAAAAUCUUUGAGGAUUUCUGCCUUCUCCAAAAAGGAUAGUAGUGUUGGAGAAAUUGUGAAUUUAAUGUCAGUGGAUACCCAAAAUUUUGUGGAUAUUCUCACCUACCUCAACUUGAUAUGGUCCUCACCGUAUCAAAUAAUCGUUUCCCUAUAUUUACUUUGGCAAACAUUAGGUGUAUCAGUGAUUUCUGGUGUCACAAUGUUGAUAAUUUUGAUUCCGAUCAAUACCUUCAUCAUUAAUAAGGUUAAAAAAUUCCAAAUAAACCAAAUGAAAUAUAAAGAUGAGAGAAUAAGAGUAACGAAUGAGAUGCUGGGUGGAAUCAAAAUUUUGAAAUUAUAUGCAUGGGAGCCUUUCUUUGAAGAUACAAUACAGAAUAUAAGGAAGAAAGAGCUCUAUGAAAUGAAGAAAGCUGCUUUCAUGAAUGCGGGAUCCAAUUUCAUUUGGACUUGUGCUCCAUUUAUGGUUUCCUUUGUCACUUUCGUCACAUAUGUAUUAAUAGAUGAAAAAAAUGUUCUGAAUGCCUCAAAAGCAUUCACAUCCAUAUCUCUAUUCAACAUAUUAAGAUUUCCGAUGGCCAUGUUACCGACAUUGAUCUCGAACAUUGCACAGACGACUGUCUCUCUAAGAAGAAUUAAUAGAUUUAUGAAUGCUCCAGAAUUGGAUACUAAUAAUGUAACACACGAUACAAACGAAGAUCAUCCUCUGAUAAUAAGGAAUGGUAAUUUUUCUUGGGGAUGUCAGCCAAUCUUGCACGAUAUCAAUGUGCAGCUUCCUAAGGCUUCCUUAACAGCCGUAGUUGGGCAAGUCGGAGCAGGAAAAAGUAGUCUCAUCUCAGCGUUUUUGGGAGAAAUGGAAAAGAAAGAAGGUCAAGUCAAUACAAUUGGUUCAGUUGCUUAUGUCUCGCAACAAGCUUGGAUUCAAAAUGACACCAUCAAAAAUAAUAUACUGUUCGGUAGGAAAUACAACGAAAGACUAUACACUUCAGUACUAGAAGCAUGCGCAUUGAAAGAAGAUUUGCAAAUUCUGCCAGGAGGUGACCUCACGGAAAUUGGUGAAAAGGGAAUCAACUUAUCAGGAGGACAAAAACAAAGGGUGAAUCUCGCAAGGGCUGUAUAUGCUAUGCGAGAUUUAUACUUCUUAGACGAUCCACUCAGUGCAGUAGAUAGUCAUGUGGCUAAGCACAUAUUUGAACAUGUGAUUGGACCGAAUGGUUUACUAAGUCAUAAAACGAGAUUGCUCUCAACACAUAGUAUAACUUUUCUACCUUUCACUGACCAUAUACUGGUUUUGAAACAUGGAUUCAUUUCUGAGAGUGGAAACUAUUACGAGUUGAUAAAUUCAAGAGGAGCUUUUUCAGAAUUUUUAGAACAACACUCCAAGAAUAAGUCUGAUUUAGACAAUGAUGAAGAAUUGAUCAAGGCGGCGGAUAAAGAUUUUGAGGUAUCACCUGACAAUGCCAUAGAAAAAAUACAAUAUGAUGUUAGAAAUGGAACUGGCUCUCUAGAUGGGCUAUCAGAAAAGGAAAUAUCAAUCAGCCGUAACAGCAGCUUCAGAGAGCGACUCAGCACCCUACAUAACUUAGGACAAUUAACUGAAACUGAAAUGAUGGAAAUGGGAAGAGUGAGCUUUCAAGUUUACAAGAAUUACAUCAUUUCUAUAGGUCCUCUACUGUGCUCCUGUAUCCUAUUGUUUAAUUUAAUCUAUCAGACGUUCGGCGUAUCCUCCAGUUUCUGGCUCUCGAAAUGGUCGAAUGAUGAUACAGCAGAAAAAUCUUCUGUAAGAAAUGAAUAUAUGGGAAUUUAUGGACUUCUUGGACUAGGACAAGGUAUCUCCAGUUUUUUAUUAUCCUUUACAUUUGCUCAGGGGUUUUACCUGUCAUCUAUAAAAGCUCAUCAGAUGUUGCUCAAGUCCUGUCUCCACGCCCUACAGUCAUUUUUUGAUACAACACCUUCAGGAAGGAUUCUAAAUAGAUUCUCCAACGAUCUCAAUUGUAUGGAUAAUACCCUUCCGGUGUCUGUGUAUCAGGGUGUGACUACCUUCUUUGUGCUGGCUGGAACUUUAUUCGUUAUUAGCUACAACUUUCCCAUUUUUCUCAUCAUAAUUGUACUGACAGCUACAGUUUUCUUUUUCAUCCAAAGAAUCUAUCAAGCAACAUGUAGGCAACUGAAAAGAAUGGAGUCCAUCUCCCGCUCGCCGAUCUUUUCUUUCUUCAGUGAAACUCUCACUGGAACUUCUACAAUAAGAGCAUUCGUUCAGCAAGGGAGAUUCAUAGAUGAAUCGGACAAAAAAUUGGACAAGAAUCAAGCUCUUUAUUACUACGGCUUGGUCGCUAAUAGAUGGUUAGCUGUGAGGUUGGAAACUAUAGCGAAUUUCAUUAUCCUGUUCUCUGCUCUUUUCUGCGUCAUCGGAAAGGAUAGUCUCAGUAGUGGAAUUGUUGGUUUAUCAGUCAGCUAUGCUUUACAGAUAACUCAAACGCUGAAUUGGCUCGUGCGCAUGAUUUGUGAUAUCGAAACAAACAUCAUCGCAAUAGAAAGAAUCAAAGAUUAUUCAGAACUACCUCAAGAAGCCCCAUGGAGUAUAACAGAAACGGAACCAGAAACCAACUGGCCAGAAAAAGGAUCAAUAACUUUCAAAGAUUAUUCAGUACGAUAUAGACCAGGUUUAGAUUUGGUUCUGGAUAAGAUAAAUGUGGAAAUCAAAGGUGGCGAAAGGAUUGGAAUAGUAGGUCGUACAGGCGCUGGAAAAUCUAGUCUCACCCUUUGCCUGUUCAGAAUAAUCGAAUCUGCUGGUGGAAAGAUACUCAUCGAUGAUAUUGACAUUUCCAAGCUAGGACUCCACAGCUUGAGAUCGAAGAUAACUGUGAUUCCUCAAGAUGCCGUUCUAUUUUCCGGAUCAUUGAGAAUGAAUUUGGAUCCUUACGAUAAAUACACGGACAAAGAAAUCUGGUCUACUUUGGAGCACGCCCAACUGAAAGAAUUUAUAGCAGGUACUCCAGAUGGUCUCUACUAUGAAGUAGCGGAAGGUGGCGAAAACUUCUCUAUCGGGCAACGACAACUUAUAUGCUUGAGUAGAGCAUUAUUGAGAAAAACGAAACUACUUAUCCUAGAUGAGGCUACCGCUGCUGUCGAUUUGGAAACCGAUAAUUUUAUACAGGACACCAUUCGAACCCAAUUCAAAAACUGCACCGUAUUGACCAUUGCUCACCGACUGAAUACCAUAAUGGAUUACGACAGAAUAAUUGUUUUGGAUAAGGGCUCGAUCAAGGAAAUCGAUACUCCCAAUAAUCUUAUAAAACAAAAAGGAAUAUUUUAUGGAAUGUGUAAAGAAGCGGGGUUGGCUUGAUUGUGUUGAAGAGAAUUGAAAAAAUGGCGGAAAUUAUUCAUCCGAACAAAGUGCCAAAGGAAAAAUUGUCUUAAUAUAAAUAAAAAUAUAACAUGAAAAUCCAAAAA